ACGAAAUGUUCAUGAUGAGAGAGUUUUGUGUUUUCAUCCUGUGUGUGUUUCUCCUCAUCGUCCAGUCCAGCCAUGGUUCUGAGAUUAUUGGAGGAAAAGAAGUAAAGCCACACUCGCUGCCUUUCAUGGCUCUGCUGAAGAGCACGGCAUCAGUGUGUGGAGGGAUACUCAUCGAUCCAAAAUGGGUCCUGACCGCUGCCCACUGUAAUGAGUUCAGCACUAAGAACGUGAUGCUGGGGGUGCACUCCAUCAAAGGAAAGGAAACUAACUCCCGGCAGGUCCUAGAAGUAAAGAAAAGUUAUCCUCAUCCCUCCUAUGAUAAGAAAAAACACAUCAAUGACCUCAUGUUGCUCCAGCUUGACAAACCAGCGAAGGAAACCAAGACAGUGAAAUGUCUCAAGUUGGGCAAUUCCAUCAAAGACCCUAAGGCUGGGAACAAAUGUCUGGUGGCCGGAUGGGGAAUGACAAAGAACAACGUCAAGAAAAUGUCUGACGUCCUGAUGUCCGUUAAGGUGAUUGUGGUCGACCGAAAGAAGUGCAACUCUUAUGACUACUACAACCACGACCCUGUCAUCACUGAUAGCAUGAUAUGUGCUGGUUCAGGUGGUAAAAACAGUGCAGAUACUUGUAAGGGCGACUCAGGAGGGCCGCUUUUGUGUAAUAAAGCGCUGGUUGGAGUCACUUCUUUUGGAAAGGGGUGUGGCGUGACCAACAAACCAGGAGUGUACACGUUUCUCACACAAAGUCACCUCGCAUGGAUCAAGAAGACAAUGAACGGGGGUGCGAUGUGAGCUCUGCCUCACUUUGAGUAUGCUUCCGCUCAUUGAUGCUCUUUUAUUAUUUUAGAUUUGCAAUCAGUGGCUUUUUUCCCUGUAACUGCUUAUUUUAGCAUCCCCAGCUGAAGCCUUUUUUAUAUUUUUCCUCCUCAAAAACCAAACAUUCAAUUAGGAAUAUUGAGUCCAUUGUUCAUAGCUGAUAAUGACCACGUUUGCAUGGUCAAUACCCCCUUGUCCAUUAUCAUAUAUCAGUCAAAGUGGUUCUGCCCACCCUUGAGCUUCAGUGUGAUUUAAAUAUCAAUCUCAUGAACAUUAUAUAUAAACCACGGGCCUCAGAAACGCUGCAGUUGAGUUAAUAACAAGUGAUCAGUCAGACAGGCAGCAAUGUACUCUUUUUAAUGUCACAGUAUCUAAUUUGCUUACACUUGAUUGUGGUAUUCCUCAGGGCAGUUGCCUUGGGCCACUAUUUUACUCUGUUUAUGUGAAGGAUCAACAUACUGUACAUGAAGCCAAUUAGAAAUGAAAGACUGUUAGUGUUCAGUAAGUGUUUGACCCAUUGCUUCAAAAACAGUUUUGAUGGUAAUAUCUGUGAGAAGAGAAAGUUCAACAUGAUUUUACAUCCCCCCUGAUUUUAGUGGUGGCUACUUACACCUGAUUCUUCUGAUUUAUCUCACGGUCUGUUUUUCACAGCUGGUUUAAUUGCGCUCUCAGUAGCACUGCUUCCUCUGUCACAAGUUUGAGGCUUCAGGUUAAAUCCUGUGAAACUAUUUUGUGGUUGCAACGCAAAACCUCAAAACAUAACUGCAAUAAAGCUAGAAAAACAACUAUAAAUAGUAUUAUGUCCCCGCCUCCUUGUUACAUGUGAACUCUUUCAAGAUGCAUAAUUAUUUCACAUCACUAUGGCAUUAAAGCUUUGUCUUUCAGUCCUGUG